UACUUCCUGAUUGAGUCACUGCUCAACUUGAUUCGAAAAGCUAUACAUGACAAACAACACUUUCUCACCAUACACACAUCUACUUGAAGACCGGACAUUGUUAUAAGGUCCAGCACUGAAAGGAGGGGAUGGGUAUUGAACAAUUACUGUGGCAUUUUCUUACUCACAGCUUUUGGCUUGGAGGUAUGGCUUGCAUACUGUAUAUAGUAAAUCAUUUGAUUUUUAAAAAAUGUGUUCAAACUAACCAGUGUGGUCAGUUGCAUGUCUAACUGUCCAACAUCUCUUACUAAAAUGUUUCCCACUGCUAUUUGAGGGAUGGGAGUUGAUGCCUCGUCAUGGACUGCUGAAGUGCCCAGCUCAGUCUCUGGCCUACAGGGCUCACCCAUUGUGAUUCCUUGCUCAUUCAACUACUCGAAACCAGAGAAGAAGCCCUCUGAAUUCACUGGCAUCUGGUUCAAAGACAAAAAUGAGAUUAUAUACCACCCAGACAGCUCCAAAAUCAUUCAAGACUACAAGGGUCGUACAGAGCUGGUGGGAGACCUCCGGCAGAAGAACUGCUCUCUCAGAAUCGACCCUCUCCAUUGCAGUGACAAAGGACCCUUUACUUUCAGGAUUGAAAUCAAAGACCAUGACAAGUAUUUAUACAAAGAUAACACAGUCUCCAUUGCAGUGAGCUGCUCUCCAGACGCCCCCUCUCUGUCAGUGAGGGAGGAGGUGAAGGAGGGGGGGCUGUCUGCCUCCUGCUCUGUGUCUCACUCCUGUCCAUCUGAUUCCCCUCUCCUCACCUGGAGCCACUCCGGAAUACCCAGUGUCCAAUCACAGCAGCUGACCAACGGACAGUGGGAAGUGACGUCAUCCCUGACCUUUACCCCCAGCAGCACUGAUCACAACCAGUCUCUGGUCUGCACAGCAGCAUACAGGGGGGGGGAAGACAACGAAAACGUUGAAAACUCUCAAUGUCAAAUCUACCGUUGGCACAACAGCAGAGGACCUCUGCCCACCACUGAACCCACACUCACACUGGAGAAUGUGACCAGACUCACUGAAGCCCUCUACUGCACUGCCAUCAACACAGAGGGACAAGGCCAAUCCAGCCCACUGAAGCUCAACGUAGAGUAUCCCCCUGAGAUCAAAGUGGGCUCUGCCUCCACUUCAGACAUCUCCAUGGUAACCUGUCUGUGCAUUGUGAAUUUGGAGCCCCCCGGCACCGUGGAGUGGUCUCUUCCAGCCGAACCCCUGCCCACCCUGCCCAGUACCAGACGUGAAAGGCAUGGAUCAGUUACCAUGGUGACCCUACAGAGGGCACUAGGCUUCUCAGAGACCAUCCACUGCCAUGCCAGCAACACCCAGGGCAAUGCCACCUUGUCCUUCACUGUGUCCACAAAUGAUAAGAUGUCGAUGCUGUACGUUUCAAUUGGUAUUGCUGCAUUAGUGGUGGUAGUAAUACCAGUUCCCAUGUCAGGUUGCCGAUUGAACAAGAAGGGUGGGAGGAGUCAUAGUGACCUGCCAGUAGCCAGUAUACAGGACAUGGAUGCAGCCAAGUGUGCUUCCUCAGAUCCCUCAACAUCAAGGAAAGAGCAGAAAGACACCAGCAGUGAAAUCCUCACAAACUACUACACCAACAAUCACCUAUAUGGCAACAUGGAGGCUGAAGAGGAUGGCGACCCAUUCGAGUGUGAUGGUGAAGAUGAUGCAGUCUAUGGUAACAUGUGAACACAACAGGAAGCAUGUGGAAGUCAGCUGGUUCAGAGCCAAUGGUACUCAGUCUGUCAAAGGUUCCAGUGAAAUAUAAAAAUUUAACCCAAUGUAGCAUAACAGGUGACUGCUUAUAUUUGUUUGCUUGAUGUAGCUUUAUGGUUCUUAUGGCAUAAGAAUAUAGUACUUUCUUAUUUGGGCUGUGGCUAGGUGUUAUGGCUUUUACAAGGCGUUUGUUUAUUAUCUGUGGCUUGGGUGAGUUUUUACUUAAUGUUAAAUAUGCACAAUAAAAUAACCAGUAUUUAACAAUA